AUGCUCUUCUUCAGUUUUUUCAAGACCCUUACCAACCAGACCGUCACCAUCGAACUCAAGAACGACAUCCGCAUUCGCGGUAUCCUCAAGUCGGUCGACCAGUACCUGAACAUCAAGCUCGACGAGGUCGAAGUAUUGGAUCUGGACAAGUACCCACACCUGUCGUCAGUCAAGAACAUGUUCAUUCGCGGCAGUGUGGUGCGCUACGUGAUGCUGCCACGCUCGGAGGUUGACGUAGGGCUGUUGGAGGAUGCGACGAGGCGAGAGGCUGCCAACCAGGCGGGCAAGGCGCGGUAG